CGGUACUACGGCGUCACGGAGCCACACCUACGAGUUUCUCGAGUUUCUCAUCCCAAUCACUUCGGUAUCGACUUCGCAUAGAUUCGAUCAGACGCGUGACCGAUGGACAGCUACGAGGACGACGACGAUACUCAUUUCUGCAUCAAAUGUCACCUGACGAUACACGGCCUUGAGAAUUACGUGCGUCAUCGUCAAUCCGGAUGUCGGUCACCGGAUGACAAAAACGAAACGGUGCCGACGACACCGACGACCGUCUCCUAUCCCGAGAUACUGAACGCGGACGCGUUCUUCAGUUCGUUGGAGUUGCAAAGCAGCUCGAAGUCGAAUCCACGGAGGGCGACCACUCUACUGGAAGAUAGUAGGAAGUUUAAGAAGGAUGAAAAGAGGAAAAAGGGCCAGAAAAGGCAGAUGGACGCGGAAGAGUCGACGAUGAAGGAAAAGCUUCACAGCAUGCUACCCGGUGUUUCGGAACUGGAAGAUCCGACCGAUCACCUUUGCAUGCCAUCGCUCGUUGGUUUUCCCGAUAUCGUUUCUACCACGGCUAGUAAGCCUACGGUUACGAGCAGUCGAAGUAAAUUAAGCCAAUCGAUGAAUCAUUCGACGAGCAUCGAGAACUCAGCGUUCUCACCCAAACACGAACCGGAGAAUUCUUUGGAAGGUCUGAUGACGUCUCACGUCGAAUCGAAGCAAACGAAUAGAAAGAGGCAAGAGGAGUCGCAGAGGAUGGAACAAGUCCAUCAAACGUGGCUGGAUGAUACUAUACUAGCCGAGUUGGCGGUGAACAACGAGAACAAAGAUUUGACCAAAUACGAAUUCGAGUACCAACAGGACGAGGAUUCGGAGGACGAUAUAUUGGAGGAAGAUUUGGUCGAAGAUGAGUCCUACUCGGAAUCUGACGACGGCGAGGACCAUGAGCGUCCACCGCACGGUCACACCGGUGGCAAAUGGAAGCCAGAAUUGGACGAUCUCCCCCAAAAUAUGUCUCAACUUCAGGACGACGAUGUGGAGCCCGAAGACGAACAUCAAGAACAUCCGCCGCCGACUUAUACCGGUGGCAAAUGGCGACCCUCAGACCCGUCGCAUAAGCUAGAGGAGUACGAAUCCAAGAGUAGCGGCGGACAGCCACCGCCAGGACACACGCGAGGGAAAUGGGUACCGGGUGCACAAACGGAUAUCGAAUCAGGAUAUUGGUGCAGUCCUUGCGGCAGGAAACUUGCUUCUCGAUUGGUCUACAACAGGCAUCUUCUCUCUGAUUUGCACGCUAGAAGGAGCAUCCGAGAAAUCGAUGGUGUUCUUUGCCUGCCACGUGCCGCCAAUGUGUACACUGCGAAAAAAACGUCAACUCGUAAUCAAAAGAUUAAGGAGUUGCCGGAAACGAAGGAUGUUAAGAAAAGAUUACGCAGGCGAGAGAAAGAAAUACUCAGCUGCGAGAUGUGCCAUGCCCGAGUGAAAAGGGCACAAAUGGGCAAGCAUUUGCUCUCUCAUUAUCACUGCCGCGUCGCGGGUGUAAAUCCUCGCGGGCCACGGGCGCGACGCUUUUUACUAGAAAAUAUGGCGAAUGUGGUUCGGCAGUGCCCCUUUCAGUGUUUCUCUUGUCGCUUUUAUUGCAACACCGAGGAAGCGUUUCUGCGUCAUUGGCGAUCCGAGCUUCACGCGAGAACACUCGAACAGAUCGCUGGCAGUUAUAAAUGCACGCCUUGCGAUUUCUGGUGCGAGGAGAACAAAACAAUGGAGACGCAUCUGUUAAGUCCGAGUCAUCGCGACGUUGUUUCGAUGAUGAACGGUUCAGUGCCGAUCGUGAUCGGUCGACAACGAGCGCUGCCUUGUGGCAGCUGCGAUCGUCGAUUUCAAUACAAUUUACAGCUUCGAUUGCACAUCAAGGAAACCGGUCACAAAGAGAGUUUGACCGCGACGGACGAAUAUCAGCAGCGAAUCAAGUGUAAUUUGUGUUCGCAAAUAGUCCGAUCAUUGAUAGCGCUUCAACGUCAUCAGUUGUCUUGUCAUUCGGAUAAAACGGAGAAGGAAGAGGCGAACAAAUCGUCUGAGCCGGCACGCUAUUACUGUUCGUUCUGCACGAUGAACUUUACCACCGCCAAGGAAGCUGUUUUGCAUCGAAGAACGUCGAGCCACAAGGAGAUCGUGAGGGCACGGAAAAAUAAUCAAGAUUCGUCGAUAGCCACAGUCAGAGAAUGUCCCCAUUGCGUCGAGAAGCAGCCGAAUUUAUCGGAGCACAAGAAACACCUCCUGUACAAGCAUCCCGAGCUUUGUCACAGAUGUCCCAAAUGCGGCACACUUUUUGCCCUCUCGCAAGACGUGUCAAGGCAUACGAAGGAGAACAAGUGUCGUGGCGAUAAUAAAUUAAACGAGGUGAAAACGACAAGCGUCAAAGACGAGGAAUGGAGAUGCGGCAGCUGCGGUUUCUCAACCGACUCCCAGGCGGAAUACAUUUUUCACGAGGCCCUGCACGACGGGAUCGUGCAAAACGAUAAUGACGACACGGUCCGCGGCAAAUCUCUACCGAAAUAUUCCUGUCCCGUUUGCAAAAAGGCGUUCGCGAAGGGAUCGCUACGGAAUCACAUCAGAAAUCACACGGGGGAGCGUCCGUUCCCGUGCGCGAAAUGUCUCGCGUCCUUCUCGAGAAGAUCAGACCUGAGCGCUCACCAGAAAGGGUGCACUGGAUCGGCGACGGACUGCUCGAGUGUAACAGGACGGAAACGCAUCUACGUCUGCUCUGAGUGCAACGACGCGUUCUACACGAAACACGCACUGAGACAGCACAUCUUGCGACACGCAGGGAAGAAGUACAAGUGCGGACUUCCGGGCUGUCCAACGGUACUACGAACAGCCUCCGAAUUGAAAUCGCACAGAAGCCUGGUGCACGAGAACUCGGUAUCCAGUAGACGGUACAAGUGUUCGGACUGCACUUAUGCUGCCAAGACGAAGACACAACUGCGGAGGCAUCAUGCUUCUCUUCACAACGAAGAAAACGACGCGAAAGCAGAAUUACACGCGUGUCCUUACAGUGAGUGCACCUUCAGAACGAAGCUCGAUUCUCAUUUGCAGCGUCACAUACGUCUCCAUACUGGCACCAAACCUUACCAAUGCCGUCAUUGCAGUUACGCGAGCAACAAUUUGGAGAACUUGAGGAAACACGUGUUGUCCACGAGCCUCCAUCCGGGCAAGACCAUCUACGAGUGCGAUGUCUGUCGGCCGGACAACCAAAAUCGGUUCCAGACGAAUUUCGCGAAGGAGCUUCGCGCCCAUCUGAUGGAGGCCCACAGCGAUCUCUUCCCAACGCCCGGCCACGCGUACGGCUACGUGUUUGGAAUCUUCGAGACCCAUCGAAACACGGCUUUCGUCGACGCGUCGUCGGUUUAAAACUGGCGCGCAAUCGUUCGCUCUUGGUGGAACGUCGCCUCGUAAUUUCAAAGAACCUCCACCGGUCGGUAAACUGAAGUUUACGAAGCGUGUACGUCUUAAAAUUGUUGAAAGGCAACCGGCGAAGGUUCGCUUCGAAAAGCGCGACGACGUCUUUAAGUAUAUCCCAGAGAUCGAGAUGCCCGCGAGAACGUCGCGCCGCUGACAAUGAGUUAUCGCCGAUGCGUCGAGAGCCACGAACAUAGCGCACGGAUGCGCUAGUCGGUUCGCCACGCGUGUCGUCGUUCGCGAUCGUGCGAACCGGUAGACCCGUACAACGCCAGGAAAUAGUUACGCUGAUGUACGGUCACGUGGCGCGUAUACGAUCGAACAAUAUCUAUACUCCUCGGAACGAAAUAUUAUUGACAUCAUUCGGGUCCACCUGUUGUGGAUUUCUUGCUGUAUGUACAGACACGAAUAAA